UUAGCACCCGGAGUCUCACCAGCACAGACACUGCACUGAGCAAGUCCUUCGCUCUCAACAUGCUUGACCUGGACUCCUGGCCUCACACUCCUCACGGUGUCCUGCUGCUGACCCUACUGCUGGGACUCCCAGGAGCAGCUACACAGGACCCGAAGGUGAUUCAGCCUGAGAAAUCAGUUUCUGUCCAUGCUGGAGAGUCAGUCACUAUGAACUGCACUGUGACUUCCCUGCGUCCACUGGGGCCCAUUAAGUGGAUCAGGGGCACAGGACAGAGUCGGCAACUAAUAUAUGCUUUCACAGGAGAGAAGUUUCCCAGAGUCACAAAUGUUACAGAUACUACAAAGAGAAACAACCUGGACUUUUCCAUCCGCAUCAGUAAUGUCACAACUGAUGAUGCUGGUACCUACUACUGUGUGAAGAUUCACAGAUUAGACUCUGACAAGGAGAUUCAGUCAGAGAGAGGCACAGGGCUGUAUGUCCUUGAAAUGAAGACAUCAGAUACUGCUAAAAUCCUUGUAGCUGUGCUCCUUGUACCCAAAAUGCUACUGGUAAUCGGUGCCUCUGCCAUCUACAUGUACAAGAAGCAGAAGGCCUGA